AUAUUAUUUGGGACGAAAAGAAUGAAAAAGAAAAUAUUGCGAUCGGUGUAAGAUAUUUUUGUAAUGGUACAGUGCGUGAGGCUUUUAUUGCACCAAAAGGUGAAGUCAUACUUUGUGGUGGAGCUAUUAAUAUAGUAAACUGUCUUGAAUUACUUUUUCUAAAGAUAUUGAUGCUUUCUGGUAUUGGACCGAAAGAAAAUCUUGAAGAAAAUAAUAUAAAAAUGCGUAAAGAUCUGCCAGUUGGAAGAAAUUUGCGGGAUCAUCCAAACUGUAUAUUUACUGCAAAAACAAAUCCAGAUGAAAUUCAUCAUUGGAGUAAUGGAUGUGAAAUUGGGAUAAUACAUAAAGCUAACGUUGAAGGAAAGAUUCCUUGCAAAGAAGACUUUUUUGACGAGAAUCCGGAUAUGCAGAUUAUUGUGACUCCAUACAGAACCGGUUUUGAAAAAGAAUUGUUAAAUCAUAAAGUCAAUGGAAUUAUGAUGGUGUCAGUUCUUAAUAAUCCAUCAAGUGUUGGUUAUCUAGAACUUAAUAGUAACAAUCCAUUUGAUAAACCAAGACUACAUCUAAACUAUUUCGAAAAAUCUGAUGAUUUAUAUAGAAUGAUCAGCUCACUUAAAUUAUGUCGUGAAAUACUUAAGCAGCCACCAUUGAGUACUGUUUAUAAUGUUAAGGAAAUUGGGAUUAAUGAUGAAUAUGGACAAUGGAGUACUAACGGGGAUGAUAUUAGUGAUGAGGAUUGGGAAAAGUUUGUUUUGGAAAGGGCAGGUACGACGUUUCAUUCAAGUGGAAUAGUAAAAAUGGCCCCAGAAUCUAAAGAUGGAGUAGUCAAUCAUCGACUUCAAGUUUAUGGCACGAAAAAUCUUAGAGUUGUUGAUGCAUCGAUAUUUCCAUAUAUUCCAAGCGGAAACAUUAAUGCAUCCACAGCUAUGGUUGCUUGGAGAGCAAGUCGGUUAAUUAUUGAAGAUUAUAUGAAAAAG